CGCCUGCCUGCUCGCCCGCCGGACGGCGACGACGAGGAAGCGGCGGCGGAGGCGAGCCCGGCCCGGCGGCUGCGGCGGCGGCGGCGCCAUGGGCGAAGGCGAGCCGCUCAGCAUGGCCGACUACCUGAUCAGCGGCGGCACCGGCUACGUCCCCGAGGACGGCCUGACGGCGCAGCAGCUCUUCGCCAUCGCCGACGGACUCACCUACAAUGACUUCCUGAUCCUCCCAGGCUUCAUCGACUUCACGGCGGACGAGGUGGACCUGACGUCAGCCUUGACCCGCAAGAUCACCCUCAAGACGCCUCUCAUCUCUUCCCCGAUGGACACGGUGACCGAGUCAGACAUGGCCAUUGCGAUGGCGCUCAUGGGCGGCAUAGGGAUUAUCCAUCACAACUGCACCCCGGAAUUCCAGGCCAACGAGGUCCGGAAAGUCAAGAAAUUUGAGCAGGGCUUCAUCACGGACCCGGUGGUGCUGAGCCCUGCGCACACGGUGGGCGACGUCUUUGAGGCCAAGAUCCGGCACGGCUUCUCGGGCAUCCCAGUCACCGAGACGGGGAAGAUGGGCAGCAAACUGGUGGGCAUCGUCACCUCCCGGGACAUCGACUUCCUUUCCGAGAAGGAUUACGGCAUCGCGCUCAGCGAGGUCAUGACGAAGCGCAAUGACUUGGUGGUGGCCCCCGCCGGAGUCACGCUGAAAGAAGCCAACGAGAUCCUUCAGAGGAGCAAAAAAGGGAAGUUGCCCAUCGUGAACGACGUGGACGAGCUGGUGGCCAUCAUCGCCCGCACGGACCUGAAGAAGAACCGCGACUACCCUCUGGCCUCCAAGGACUCCCGGAAGCAGCUGCUGUGCGGGGCGGCCAUUGGCACCCGGGAAGACGACAAGUACCGCCUGGACCUCCUCAUGCAGGCCGGCGUCGACGUGGUCGUGCUGGACUCAUCUCAGGGAAACUCCGUCUAUCAGAUCGGCAUGAUCCACUACAUCAAACACAAAUACCCGGAUCUCCAGGUCAUUGGGGGCAAUGGAUGCACAGUGGUGACAGCAGCGCAGGCCAAGAACCUCAUCGACGCUGGCGUGGACGCCCUCCGGGUGGGCAUGGGCUGUGGCUCCAUCUGCAUCACACAGGAAGUGAUGGCGUGCGGCCGGCCCCAGGGGACAGCGGUCUAUAAGGUAGCCGAGUACGCCCGCAGGUUCGGCGUACCGGUCAUUGCCGACGGCGGGAUCCAAACCGUGGGCCACGUGGUCAAAGCUCUUUCUUUAGGAGCCUCGACAGUGAUGAUGGGCUCCCUGCUGGCCGCCACCACGGAGGCCCCUGGCGAAUACUUCUUUUCGGACGGGGUCCGGCUGAAGAAGUACCGGGGGAUGGGCUCCCUCGACGCCAUGGAGAAGAACAGCAGCAGCCAGAAGCGCUACUUCAGCGAGGGAGACAAGGUCAAGGUGGCGCAAGGCGUCUCUGGCUCCAUCCAGGACAAGGGUUCCAUCCAGAAGUUUGUGCCCUACCUGAUCGCUGGCAUCCAGCACGGCUGCCAAGACAUUGGCGCAAAGAGCCUCUCGAUCCUGCGGUCCAUGAUGUACUCCGGUGAACUGAAGUUUGAGAAGCGGACGAUGUCGGCCCAGAUUGAGGGGGGCGUCCACGGCCUGCACUCUUACGAGAAGCGGCUGUACUGAGGACGGAUUCCGGAGCAGCGGCGCCCAGCGAGCGGCCCCCACCGUCCCGGCCCCCGUCGCCCGCUGCCGCCGCACCUGAAGGGGCGGGCUCACCUGGCCACCCCCCCCCGGCCUCUCGGGCCGCGCUGACAGGCAAAGACUUGCACUACGAACCACCUGGCUGGCGCCAGAGCCGUGUGCCACCCUCCUCCUCUCUCUCUCUGUCUCGUUCUGUCCAUCUCUCUCUUUCUGCCCCAGCGCUGGAGGGGGGGGGGACUGACUUUCCCGCCCAGGGGCAGGACCUGCUGGCAGCCUCACAGAUCUCUGCUGGAAGUCUUGGGGGGGGCAUGACACCCCCUCCAUGCCCGCUCCCCCUCGCUAGGGCACAGUUGAGGGGAGGGGGGGCUAGUGGCCAGGCCCCCUGCUGUGGGAGCCAGGAUUCUGGGACCAGGCGCCUCCCCCAAGCCCCACCCCAAACGGGGCUCCCCAAAUUCCCAGAGGCUGUUGGGGCCGAGGGGCUGCCCCCCUUCCUCUCUCUGCAGGGUGCUGCAGCCCCCUCCCCAGCCAGGCUUGCUGGGGCCCCCGCUUUCCCGACUGAUGCUAAUUUGGGGGGGG